AAGAGUCUUUUUUUUUUUUUUUAUUUCACUGUUCUGGCUCAGUGGCUCUUCCUCUUUCUCACCAUCAGUAGCUGAAAAGGCAAAUAUGCUCAAGUUUCACUUCCACAAUUUUUUUUUUUGUUGUGUAAACUCUCACAUUGUGCACUGUUUUUAAUUUCAUCUCCUGCCUCCUUAUCUCCUUAUAUAUAUAUAUUGUGUGGUUUUUUUUUUUUUUUUCUUUUUCUGACCCUGAACCAAAUAUUCUUUUACCUACAGAGUUGUAAAAUGUCAUUUCACAGCUUAUCUUAGCACAGUUAAACGUCAUAUUGUUUUGGCUCAGUGUAGUACUAUGUAUAUUUUAGGGGUAUUGUCACUCUCACAGCUCCCCAUGAUUAAAGCAAGAACUAUUCUGUGUAUUUGUGCUUUGGUUUUUCUAUCAUGUAAGAUACUUUGAAUGCAUUGAGGUACAUUUUAUUGCUACUGUAAUUUUCCUAUUCUUUUUUUUUUUAAUAAAUGAUUUCAACAAUUGCUAAAAUUUGCAUGUAUGUAAUCGUACGCAUCAAGAAAGAAGGAAGACGUUUGUGCGAUGGAGAAGGAUGAACAGUGGGCAGGGGAAAGGGUGGGAGUGUAAAGACCUAAGUGUUAGUGUUAACUGACAUUAGCGGACCAUUUUAUCGCACCUGUUCGCUCAACUUCAUCCAUGAUGGAGGCAAGGUUUGUCUUGUUCUGUCUUUUGGCAGCUGCUGCCAGGGCUGCCAGUCCUCCUAAAGUGAAACUGCAGUUUGAUCCUCCCAGCUUGCGUCUCUCCAGCUCGCAGAAUGCCAGUAUCCAGUGCUGUUUCAUCAACCAGUCUGAGGUGAAACUUGCCUGGAGGCAGACUGUUAUGAUUUCCACUAACACGAGUAAGUUACUAGUGAAUGAGUCGGAUACACGAGUGGAAUUUACCAGUAAAGCACACCCAGACAAGAUGUGUUCAAAUCUGAGUAUAAGCAACGUUGUGCUGAACGAUACAGGCCUGUAUCAAUGUGCUAUCAUAAUGUCAGACAACGCCGUUGUCUAUACACCCGGCACCUAUUUACAAGUAUACGAACCCAUACAAAUGACCCUGGCCAUCAGUGAGAGGAGUAAGAACAGCAUCAUCACUGCUCAAGGCGUUCUUCUGCUGUUGUUUGUGUUGAUUCCUGGCAUCGUCCUUAUCUGCAAGUCAAAGGACUUGAAUAAGCUGGAGAAAAAGAAGAGUAGAGAGGAAGAAAAUAUUUAUGAGGGUCUAAACCUUGAUGAUUGCAAUUCCACAUAUCAUCAAAUUCAGCGCUCUCUGGUCCAAGGACCGUACCAGGAUGUGAUCAACAAUGAUGAAGAUGACAUUCAGCUGGAGAAGCCCUGAAAGUGUGGCUGAUAGGCGUCAGGAUCCGUGUGAUACAAACACAUAAUGCAGCUCUAUUGCUAAUCAGAUGUAGCUAUAAAUUAGGGGUGUAACUUAAUAUGACUGUUAUUCUGAGAAUGCAUCGUAAAUAAAUACAGACACAAAAUAUAGAGGAAGAAUUCAAGAAAAGCUUGCCAACUUCCGGGACUGAGAUUGUACUUUUUAAUGUUGAGCUUUAAAGGCCGUGGGGAGGGUUGCCAGGUUUCAUCUACGAACUCAAAAACGACACACAAAGACUUGAAAUAUUGGGGGGAAAACAAAUGAAUACUCUUCCUGGUUUACAGUACACACUGAUCAGCCAUCAUUUUAAUCCCCACUGUGAAUAACAUUGAUUAUCUUGCUACAAUGGCACCUUUCAAGGGUUGGGAUAUAUUGGGCAGCAAGUGAAGAGUCAGUUCUUGAAGUUGAUGUGUUGGAAGCAGGGAUAAAUGGGCAAGUUUAAGGAUCUGAGUGACCUUGAAAAGGGCAAAGCUGUAAUGGUUAGACAACUGGGUCAGAGCAAGUCCAAAACACCAGAUCUUGAUAUCUACUUAAACACUGCUGCAGACCAAGUACACUGCUUCAUGGUAAGGUGUUCCCUAAUGGGCGUGGCUUCUUUCAGAAGGACCAUGCUCUUUUUUUUUUUUGUUCAGGAAUGGUUCGAGGAACAUGACAAAAAAGUUCAAGAUGUUGACUUGGCCUCCAAAUUCCCCAGAUCUUAAUCUGAUCAAGCAUCUGUGGGAUGUGUUGGACAAACAAGUCCAAUCCUAGCAACUUACUAGACUUACAGAAUGCUAGCGUCUUAGUGCCAGACACCACAGCACACCUUCAGAGGUCUUAUGGACUCAAGGGGUCUGAGCUGUUUUGAUGGCACAAGGGGAACCUACACAAUAUUGAUAUUAUGGCUGAUCGGUGUAUAUCAGUAAUAUGCAGAUAUUACAGACUGAACCUGGCAACCCUGCUCACAGGGAAAAAAAAGCUUGACUGUCUUACUGACCAGCAAAAUAAAAGCACAUUUUCGCCAUAUUUCUGUACAAACAAAUGGAGCGUGCUUUUAUAUAUUUAGUCAACACUUCAUAUAGCUCAGUAUAAUAAAAAUGCUGUAUAAAGGACACCAUUUUGUCUUGCAGCAACAACUGUAAUUAUGCCCCGUUUCAACAAUACAUUCUUUCUGGAAUGUUGGCAACCAAAAAAUAUAAUCUGAUCAAAUAUUAUUAGAUGGCUGAUUAACUGUAGCCUAAUUAGCUUGUAGCCUAGAUCAUUAGCUUGCAGACUCUCAUUUGCUCACAUUAGAUAAAGAUAGAAAGCUUGAAAGAUUUCCACAGGACAUAUGGUUUAGUUGAAUUGAAUAACAUUUUGUUCUGCAAAUGAUUUCCAGUGUUUUCAGGGUAUAGUGCUAGGAUUAAUAUAAAAACAGACCCCACUCUACUUCUAACUGAAAUCUGUAUACAGAUACCAGUAUAAAUAUUUUAAGCACAGAUACAGAUAAUGGCAUUGUGUUACAUCCUUAGUUUAGAUAUGUAAAUAUUAACUGAUAAAAAAUCUCUUUGCAAAGGGGUUGAGACUUCAGUUCCUGCCUCUGCCUCUGCCUCUGCCUCUGCCCUGCGUACGUGGUGUUGGGGAUUUUCUCCAGGUACUUCUGCUUUCCCCCAGUUCAAAGACAUGUGGUGGGCUGAUUGACAUCUCUAAAUUGUGUGUGGGUGAGGUUGUGCUUUGCGAUAGGUUGGCACCCCUGUAAAUGUAUAUGUUAUGGCCUUUAGCUGGAGUGGUUUUGUGGUUGCACAUUUGCCUCACAUUUCCAGGGUGGGGGGGGUUUGAUUAGUGUAUCUGCCCUCUGUGUGUGUGUGUGGAGUUUGCAUGUUUGGUGAUCCGGGGGUUUCCUCCAGGUACUCCAAUUUCCUCCCCAGUACAAAGAUGUGAGUUGUAGGCAGCUGAGUAGAAUUUCUAAAUCCGUGUGUGUGUGAGUGAGUGAAAGAGAGAGAGAGUAGUGCCCUGUGUGCCCCAUGUCCACUGGGAUAGACUACAUGCUCCCUGUUACUCUAGGCAAGAUAAGUAAAUCAGAAGAUGGAUGGACUGGAUGGAUGGACAGAAUGAAUGGAAUGGAAUGGCUGAAUGGAUAGAUGGAUACGAUGGAGGGACAGAAUAAUGGAAUGGAUGGAUUGUAGGUAAUAAUGUGUUAAAGUACUGAAAUUCAUAAACAUUUAAAAUGAAAGUGACUUAUCCUUUUAAUUUACCAUAUAGUGGUAUCUGGACUAGGGCUUUUUUUUAGGCUAUUUAGGAUAUUAUAAAGAAAAUAUGGUAUAAGGUAGCUGCAGGGAUGGGUUGAUUGUAACAUCCAUGCAGGGAUUAAUAAUUAUGAAUUACUGUGAAGGAGAAAGUGCAGCAAGACUGUGCGAGUCUGCAGUAGCUAGCUGUAUUACAAUAUGUGUGUAUUUUUAGUUAGUUCCUCUUCAGCCAUGCUUAUCGUAAGUACAACAGCAUGCUUGUGUGAUAUCACUUAAACAGAGCUUUAUUGUGUUCGUGUGUAAUGCUUUUAAUAAAGAUGAUUUUACACAAGAAAA